AUGAUGCCACGGAGAAACUUCCCCAAAGCCCUCUUCCUUGGAAUAACUCUGAUCACUGCCUUCAAUAUCCUUCUGAUAUUGUACAGGGGAACUGUACAAAGCCUGAUUCUGGGGAAGCUGCACAAGGACCUUCCUUUCCCUUUGGCCGAGUGGAAAGGGGUGAUAAAGAAACUCUCUCACUUGGAGAUGGAUUUUCAGGAUCUGAAGGAUACAGUGGAACUGGCUAAAAAUCAACUAGAAAAUACUAACAACACACUAAAGCAGAUGUUGAAAUCCAUGGAAUGUAAGACAAAGCAGAAAUUACACAGAAAACUCUUCCCAAACUCAGAACUUUUCAGGAAGUGGGGUGAAGAUCUUUCUGAGGACCAGCAGAGAAUGGCCCAGGAUCUCUUUGAGAAGUUUGGUUACAACGUUUACCUCAGUAACCAGUUGCCCCUUAAUCGCACCAUCUUAGACACAAGAAAUUCCAGGUGUCUUCAGAAGACAUACCCUUCACAGCUCCCAUCCCUCGGUGUCAUUCUCAUAUUCAUGAAUGAAGCUCUGUCUGUUAUACAACGAGCCAUCACCAGUAUCAUCAACCGGACCCCCUCUCAAGUGCUGAAGGAGAUCAUCCUGGUGGAUGAUUUUAGCUCAAAUGGAGAAUUAAAAAUCCCCUUGAAUGAGAAGAUUGCGUUUUACAAUCAGAAGUAUCCAGGACUGCUGAAAUUAAUACGGCACACGGAGAGAAAAGGUCUCGCUGAAUCACGGAACACUGGCUGGCAAGCUGCCACCGCUGAUGUGGUCGCCAUCUUGGAUGCUCAUAUUGAAGUGAACAUUGGAUGGGCAGAACCCAUCUUGGCUCGGAUUCAGGAGGACCACACUGUGAUUGUUUCUCCAGUGUUUGACAAAAUUCUUUUUGACACCUUUGAUCUGCAAAAGUAUGCAUUGGCAGUAGAUGGAUUUAACUGGGAACUGUGGUGCCGCUAUGAUUCUUUGCCUCAGGCCUGGAUUGAUCUGCAUGAUGCCACUGCUCCAGUCAGAAGUCCUUCCAUCAUGGGCAUCCUGGCUGCUGACAGGCUCUUCUUGGGAAAGAUUGGAGGCUUGGAUGGCGAAAUGCUAGUCUACGGAGGAGAGAACGUGGAACUUAGCCUAAGGGUAUGGCAGUGCGGAGGGAAGAUAGAGGUCUUACCCUGCACGCGGAUUGCUCACAUAGAGAGACAUCACAAGCCCUACGCUGCAGAUCUGGGCACAGUGCUGAAGCGCAAUGCUCUGCGGGUAGCUGAAAUCUGGAUGGAUGAAUAUAAACACAUGGUCUACAUGGCCUGGAAUGUGCCUCUUCAGCAUUCUGGAAUAGAUUAUGGAGAUGUUUCAUCCAGAAAGGCACUCCGGGAGAAACUGAAAUGUAAAAGUUUUGACUGGUACCUGAAAAAUGUCUAUCCGAUUCUGAAGCCAAUUCCUAGCAUUGUAGGCUAUGGAAGAAUGAAAAAUGCAUUGGAUGAAAGUAUCUGCCUUGAUCAGGGACCCAUUCCAGGCAAUACCCCUAUCAUGUAUAGCUGCCAUUCAUUCAGUUCACAGAAUGUCUACUACCACCUAACAGGUCAGUUCUAUGUGGGAGCGCUGAUUGCAGAGAUAAAUACCGAGGAUCGCUGCCUGACUGACCCUGGUGAAGGGGAGAACCCCACUCUGGAGCCAUGUGUUAAGGCAGCCCAGAAAGGACUGCACAUUUAUUGGGAUUUUAAACAGGAAAAAGCUGUCAUAAACAAGUCCACUAAACGGUGUCUGGAGAUCAAGAAGAACUCUGCAGGUAUCUAUGUGCUUGUGCUCCAGACCUGCACCACACAAGUGUGGAAGAUACAGCAUACCAUCAAGAACUGGGGAUCAAACUAA